AUGCAUGUUCUAAACAGUCUUAUUAUUGGCCUUCUUCUUAGAGGGGUUUGGGGUCAAACAGUCGACGAGUCUGCGACAGAAGGUGGAGAUGUUGUUAGCCAGCAGAUCCCAGCACCAAACGUCAGCGUAACUGCACCGACUCAGCAAGAUGCUCCGGUAGAGCCAACUGUUCCCACCGUCCCGACUGCACCAUCAGAGCCUGCGACACCAACCCAGCCAACCGUCCCUACUGAACCGACUCAAGAAACAACAUUGACUGAGCCAACCGAGAUUCCUGUACCAUCCGUACCAACUGAACCAACUGAGCAGACCGAGCAGACAGAGUCAACAGAAACAUUAGAGUCCCCUACUUUGCCAGAGCCUAUUCAGCCUACACCGCCAACUGAACCAACCGAUUCUAUAGAAACUGCAGAAUCUAGUUUACCGACGGAAAUGACUGAGCCUACCGCUCCAGAUGAUUUGGCGACUCCUAGCCAGCUGGAACAACCUAACAAUGCAACCGAAUCGGGAACCGAUUCUGUCCAGCCAACUGAGUCUUUGGCCGAGCCUUCUUCUGAACCCACCCAGUCAUCGGAAUCUGAAACUGAUGGAUUUCCAACGGCCGAGCCUACUGAGGUGACUACCGAUACAGAACUUGGCCAAUCUGACGAACCAAUUGUAUCCGCAACUGAAUCCGUUCAACCAUCGGAGACUGGAGACGCCCAAGAAAGUGCACCAACAGGGCCUGUCGCCGAGCCUAGCGAACAGACUGAAGCUGUAGAUCAACCCACAGAGUCAUCUGAGUCUAUUGAGCCUGCUGCUUCAAUUCAGCCACCAGAGCCUACCGAAUCACCCGUUCAAACUGAAUCGGUAGAAGCUCCCACUCAGUCCGCUCCGGCAAGUGAAUCUGCUCAGCCAACUGACCAAGGGGAGCCUACCGAUGCAUCUGAAGCUGUACAGCCUACACAGGACAUUGAGCCAAGUCAGUCGGAUGUUCCGGCUCCACCAAGCGAUGUAGAGGGAUCCUCAGCAUCAGAAACCGAACAAGGGUCGGCUGGUCCUGUCAACACCCAGGCGCCAUCUGGUGAUUCGAAUGAACCUAGUGGCAUCCCUGACCAAACGCAAUCCUCCCCUUCAGGUUUCACAACAGUUACUGUUCCUCCAUCGGAACCAUCCGGUGAAGUAGUUAGGUUGGACCUGACCGAAGCUUCACUAGGCCCAGGCGCAACAUUCACAACGAUUGCAGGAAAAGAAGCAAUCGUACUGCAAGCCCCUCCUAACAGCGAGGCAAAGUUCACACUCGAAGUCAAGGAACCUCUGGAUAUCGUUGAAGAUAGUCUCGUCAACAUCAGGGUUUCAGUCAAGGUCGAGGAACUUGAUCCUAACAAUCGCCGCAAGAGGUUCCUCUUUGAAAGAGCGACAGGCACCCGUCUGCAGUUGAUCAUGAACGAGAAGAAGAUUUAUGACAAGCAAGUCAAGACGACCGAUGGCAGGUUCCGGGAGAUCAAGAGCGAAAAGACGAGAUUCGUAAAGAAUCCCAUGAUUGAGGUACUUCAGAGGGCUGGGAGCAACCCUGUUGCUGUGACAGUGCGUGGACUGUCUUUUGUUGGAUCUUCGACAGAAACAAGAAGGCCAAACGUCCCAGUGGUAGUCUCACGAACAGAGGUUCUUCCUGGUACAAGGGAAGAGUCUCCAGUACCUGCAGAUGAACCGACUGUUAAACCCGAAGAACCGACUGUCCAGCCUGAAGAGCCAACUAUGCAACCUGAGGAGCCGACCAUCGAACCAGAACAGUCAACCGCCCAGCCAGAAGAACCAGCUGUACCAUCAGAGGACACUGGGCAAGUUUCUGUCCCGGGUAAUCAGGAAACUACAGUACCAAGGGUGCCCGGUACAGAGUCUAUCCGUGUACCUCAAGAAACAAAAGCCCCCAGUGCUACUGCUGGAGGUGGCGCAGAUGAGGAAUCUACGAAUAUGCCUUCAUUGUCCAACUUGCAGCCGGAAACUGGGAUUGGAACUGCGACUGGUGUUCCAGGUAUUGGCAAUCCACCAAUGUCUACUCCAACAAGCACCCCUGGGCCGGUGCAGAUUCGUCCGAAUGAGGCACAUCAUGAUGCUAUGGUGAAUAUGGUUGUAUUGUACGGGAUUCCGCUUGCUGCGGCAAUUCUAGUUUAA